GUGUAGUGUUUGACAGCGAGGAAGAGCGAGAGGACAAAAUAGAGAGAGUGUGCCUGCAUGUGGUGUACAAGAACAAUGAUUUUAAGCUGGAGCUGUCGCGGCUGGCCAUCGAGCGUGACCCCAAAAUCACCCUGAAUGGCGAUCUGGUGUUCCGAUGCGAGGACGUGGCAGCCCUGGACCCUGUGACCUUCGAGACCCCUGAGUCCUACAUCUCCCUGCCCAAGUGGAACACCAAGAAGACAGGGUCUAUCUCCUUUGACUUCCGCACUACAGAGCCCAGCGGCCUUCUGCUGUUCAGCCACGGCCGCCCUCAGGGUCCUAAAGAGCAGAAGCCCGGCAGGGAGCUGAAGACUGAUUACUUUGCCAUGGAGCUUCUGGAUGGGUAUUUGUACCUGCUGAUCGAUAUGGGCUCCGGGAAAACAAAGCUCAAAGCCAGCAACAAGAAGGUCAAUGAUGGGGAAUGGUGCCAUGUGGAUUUCCAGAGAGAAGGGAGGAAAGGAUCCAUCUCAGUCAACAGCCGCAGCAUGCCCUUCAGUUCCCCAGAGGGAAGUGAAAUCCUGGACCUGGACAGUGAUAUGUACCUGGGCGGGCUGCCUGAGUCCAAGUCAGACCUCAUCCUGCCGCCAGAAGUUUGGACAGCACUCCUUAACUAUGGCUACGUAGGAUGCGUCCGCGACCUCUUUAUCGACGGCAAGAGCCGCGAUGUUCGUCGCCUGGCUGAGAUCCAGAGUGCUCUUGGUGUCAGCAGUUUCUGCACUCGUGAGCUCCAGAAGCGGUGCAGCAGCGCCCCCUGUGGCAACGGGGGUCUGUGCAAAGAGGGCUGGAACCGCUACAUUUGUGAUUGCAUUGGCACCGGAUACCUUGGUACCAAUUGCGAGAUAGAGGCAACAGUGCUGAGUUAUGACGGAAGCAUGUACCUGAAAAUCAUCAUGCCGGUCACCAUGCAUACAGAGGCUGAGGACGUGGCUCUGCGCUUCAUGUCUCAGCGAGCAUACGGUCUGCUCAUGGCCACCACGUCCAAGGAGUCAGCGGACACCCUGCGACUAGAGCUGGACGGAGGCCGCGUCAAGCUCACUGUCAACCUCGAUUGUAUCAGGAUAGACUGUAGCCUCAGCAAAGGACCUGAGACACUGUUCGCGGGGCAGAAGCUGAAUGACAACGAGUGGCACACGGUGAAAGUGGUGCGAAGAGGCAAGAGCCUACAGCUGUCUGUGGAUAAUGUCACAGUGGAAGGCCAGAUGACUGGUGCCCACACGCGUCUCGAGUUCCACAACAUCGAGACAGGCAUCAUGACUGAGCGCCGCUUCAUAUCCGUGGUGCCUUCAAACUUCAUUGGCCAUCUCCAGGGCCUGACCUUCAAUGGCUUGCCGUAUCUAGACCAGUGUAAAAAUGGGGACAUCUCUUACUGCGAGCUGAAUGCCCGUUUUGGCAUGCGCCACAUCAUUGCAGAUCCGGUGACUUUUCGAACGAAAGGCAGCUACUUAGCGUUAGCCACGUUACAAGCUUACGCCUCCAUGCACCUCUUCUUUCAGUUUAAAACCACCACACCUGAUGGCCUGAUGCUCUUCAACUCUGGAGACGGGAGCGACUUUAUAGUUGUGGAACUGGUGAAGGGUUACGUCCACUACGUCUUUGAUCUUGGCAACGGCCCGUCGCUAAUGAAGGGCAACUCAGACAAACAACUCAAUGACAACCAGUGGCACAACGUGGUGGUGUCCCGGGAUGCCAACAAUGUGCACACACUCAAGAUCGACUCACGCACCGUUACUCAGCACUCCAAUGGAGCACGCAACCUGGAUCUCAAAGGGGAGCUGUACAUCGGUGGCGUGACGAAGAGCAUGUAUAGCAAUCUGCCCAAACUGAUUGCAUCUCGGGACGGGUACCAGGGCUGUUUGGCCUCUGUGGACCUGAAUGGGAGACUCCCUGACCUGAUCGCAGAUGCCCUCCACAGGGUGGGCCAGGUGGAACGAGGCUGCGAUGGACCCAGUACCACCUGUACGGAGGAGUCUUGCUACCAUCAGGGAGUGUGUCUCCAGCAGUGGGAGGGCUUCACCUGCGACUGCACCAUGACGUCCUAUGGAGGCUCGUUUUGCAACGACC